GGCACGCGAGGCUCGUAGGUACCCCAUGGAGGCUGAAUCGCCAGCGAGCGCGGGGGCCAGCGAGCCCCAGGCGCUAGGUACGGUGAGCAGUAUCGGCCGCCAACUGAGCAGGAUCCGAGGCAAACUCUUCACCUGGGAUAUUUUGAAGACCAUAGCCCUGGGCCAGAUGCUGUCUUUGUGUAUUUGUGGCACGGCCAUCACCAGCCAGUAUUUGGCAGAAAAGUACAGAGUGAACACACCCAUGCUUCAGAGUUUCAUCAACUACUGCUUGCUGUUCCUGGUUUACACCGUGAUGCUGGCAUUUCAAUCUGGCAGUGAUAACCUUCUGGAGAUUUUGAGAAGAAAAUGGUGGAAGUAUACUCUCUUGGGGCUUGCUGAUGUGGAAGCCAAUUAUCUGAUUGUCAGAGCGUACCAGUACACAACUCUGACCAGUGUCCAGCUCUUGGAUUGCUUUGGGAUUCCUGUUUUGAUGGCUCUCUCCUGGUUUAUUCUCCGGGCAAGAUACAAAGUGAUCCACUUCAUUGCUGUGUUUGUCUGUCUGCUGGGUGUAGGGACCAUGGUUGGUGCAGAUAUAUUAGCCGGGCGAGAAGAUAAUUCAGGGAGUGAUGUUCUUAUUGGUGACAUCUUGGUCCUGCUUGGGGCUUCCCUGUAUGCUGUGUCUAAUGUAUGUGAAGAAUAUAUCGUGAAGAAGCUGAGCAGACAGGAAUUUUUAGGAAUGGUGGGACUAUUUGGAACAAUCAUCAGUGGCAUACAGCUGUUGAUUGUGGAAUAUAAAGACAUUGCCAGGAUUCAAUGGGACUGGAAAAUUGCCCUGUUAUUCGUGGCAUUUGCCCUCUGUAUGUUUUGCCUGUACAGCUUCAUGCCACUGGUGAUUAAAGUCACCAGUGCCACUUCAGUCAACCUGGGCAUCCUGACAGCCGACCUCUACAGCCUUUUCUUUGGGCUUUUUCUAUUCGAAUAUAAGUUUUCAGGACUCUACAUCCUGUCCUUCACAGUCAUCAUGGUAGGCUUCAUCUUGUACUGUUCCACUCCAACGCGCACGGCAGAGCCAGCAGAAAGCAGUGUGCCCCCUGUCACCAGCAUCGGGAUCGACAAUCUGGGACUGAAGCUUGAGGAGAGUGGUCUCCCAGAGACCCACUCUGCAGUCUUGUAGCUUGACAAGCCACAUACUCAGAUGUGUCACCAUGAGAGAGCAAAGCCUGCCACUGCCAAGGGCGUAUCUGAGGGGACAUUACCCUCAGAGGGAAAAACCCACUGCAUUGGAUUAUGUCCAUGGUUAGAUUGUAGAAAGGAACACUGACCAGUGGUUCCAAACUAGAAAUACUAAAAUAGAGCAGAGUGCCCAAGGGUAGUGUUUCUGUGUGUUGGGUAUCAGUACCUGUCAGCGUCAGAGAGACAUGUGCAAGGCCCCUUGCUGGGGUUUCAAGACACAUGUAAGAAGAGAAGGAGGGAUGGGGGACCUGCUUCAGGGCUGUUUAGGUAGUUAGGAGUUGGGACAGUCUGGAAUGGUUGUGCAAUAAUCUUCCUCUUUUGGAAGCUUCACAUUUUUGUUCUACUGGGGCAGUCACUAUCCAUGGGCCUUGUGGAAUUUAUACACCCAUGAUGGCUGGUACCUGAUGGUAGGUGGUGGGGAAAAUGGGCAGGGCAGCAGUUGAGAACUCCCAAGAUAAAUUGUGACUACUUUGAAAGCAGCUAACAAGUACAGGAAUCCAGGAAUCCUCUCCUGGUUUUGUUCUUCGAAGCUUUAUAACCAGUCUCUUCCCCUCUGCCCUCUGCUCUUGCGUUCUGAGUUCCGGAGCAAACCUCUCUCAAAGCUGGUUACAUUGGGCAAAUCCUACAUUCAGCUCCACACUAUACGCUGAGAGUUCUCCAAGCAAAUCCACUCAUGUUACUC